GUCGUUGUCAAGAGAGAAGAACAGGACAGCAUAGCGCCGACCAGGUGUGCACACAAGAGACAGCAAGCAAGUAGAUAAUUUUUCUCAGCAGUUUACAGCGUUCAGUCCCUUAAGCUCUAUCGCCUAUUUUCGCAGCUAUUCUUGCAACAGCGAUAUAAGAAAAAGUGAAACAUGGCCGCAUGGAGAGCAGCUGGAUUGAACUACAUCAACUAUUCGAACAUCGCUGCGCGUUUGUUGAGGAAGGCGUUAAAGCCUGAUCUAAGAACUCAGGCCGCCCGACGGGAUGACUCGCACAUCAAGUUUACAAAAUGGCAAGGUGGAAAGCCAGAAAAAAUCGUCAACGAGUAAAUCCCGAGAAACAUCAGCAAGGCACUAGUAAAAACUGGUAUCGUGAAUAAAUCUUGAAUGCUGUAAAUUCGAA